AUGGCGACAAGCAUCCCCGCCGCCGACGAGGAGAAGAAGUCAGAGCUCGGGGGCUUCGACAACGAGACCAUUGCUGCCGUUGAUCAAGGCGUUCUGGUCAAUGCCGCCGGCUACAAGGACCAGCUAAAGCGCCAGUACGGCCUGCUCGGAAUCGUUGGCAUCGCUCUCACGGUCGACAACGCCUGGGCAGCGCUGGUGAAUGGGGGUCCUCCGGGGCUGAUAUACGGCCUUAUCGUCGCUUUCUUCUGGUACACCUUCAUUGGUCUGAGCCUAGCCGAGCUUGCCUCGUCGGUGCCCACGGCCGGCGGCGUCUACCACUGGGCGACGAUCGCGGCCGGCCCGAACUGGGGCCGCGCCGUCGGCUUCUUCGCGGGCUGGAUCAACUUCUACGGCUGGAUGUUCGACCUCGCCUCGCUGCUGCAGAUCACGGCCAACAUCCUCGUGCAGAUGUACGCGACCUGGCACCAGGGCACCUACGCGCCGCACCCCUGGCACGUCUACGUCACGUACGUGAUAGUCCUGUGGCUUUCGGCCGCCUUCGUCGUCUUCGCGAACAAGCUCAUCCCGUACACCCAGGACUGCGGCAUGUUCUUCGUCGUCGUCGGCGGCAUCGUGACGAUCGUCGUCAUCUCGGCGAUGCAGCCGAGCACCCACGCCAGUAACCACUUCGUAUGGGGUUCCUUCGAGGAAAAUAACUUGACGGGAUGGCAGGGCGGCGUCGCGUUUCUCCUAGGCGUGCUGAAUGGCGCGUUCACCAUCGGCACCCCUGAUGCUAUCACCCACAUAGCAGAGGAGCUACCGCAGCCGCGGAAAGACCUUCCGCGGGCUAUCGGACUCCAGAUCGGGCUGGGUUUCAUCUACGCCUUCGCCUUCGCCAUCGCCAUAGGCUAUGCUAUCACGGACCUCUCCGAACUGCAAGGCGGCAUUAACACCUACCCUCUUGCGGUUAUAUAUCAGCAGGCAACCGGGAGUUCGGGCGCGACCUUUGGUCUCCUCUUCAUCUUGUUUCUCACCAGCAUGUGCUGCUGCGUCGGAACUAUACUGACUAACUCCCGCACGUAUUGGGCGUUGGCGCGGGACAACGCCGUGCCAUUCUCGAGCAUCUUCGGUCGAGUCAACGAAGGGCUCAGCUGUCCCAUCUACGCUACCUUGUUUGUCUCGGUAAUCGCCACGGGGCUGGGCGCGAUUCCACUCGGGAACACGAGUGCUUUCUUAGCUCUCACGGGCUCCUUCAUCGUCCUCACAACGGUGUCCUACGCGAUACCCUUUGCCGCGAACAUGUUGACCGGCCGGAAGUACUUCCCUGCGGGGCCUUUUCAUCUCGGGAAAUUCGGCAACUCGCUAAACCUGGUGGCUGUCUUGCUUAUAGUCGUGUUCGACAUUUUCUUCUGCUUCCCGUACGAGAUCCCCACGAGCGUCGAGGCGAUGAACUACAACAGUGUGAUCCUUGUUGGCACCAUCGCCAUGUCGUCGUUAUGGUGGCUACUACAUGCCACUCGCCAUUACCCAGGGCCAAAGGUGAUGAAACUAUACAUCCAUAACGACGCGGUUCCGUCAGAUGAUGCUGGAGUCGUCGACAAGAGCCAUACGCCGACCGAGCCCGGAAGCGACCCUGCCACGUAA